UGCCCUUGUUUUAGUUUUUCUCCUUCAUCCUUCCUUUUAAUCCAUUUUGCCUUCAUUGGUCCAUCCCCUGUCUUUCUCUCUCAAGAUUGAGGCUGGCAUCACCGAAAACAAAGUACAGGCCUCUUUUUUUUUGAAGUUUUUAUAACGAAUGUCAAAUUUGUGUAAACCUUUUUUUUGGGGGGGUUCAUGCAGCCAUGAAAACCGCUAAAACUAAACCUCCUAUAAUAAAACACUUUCUCUUCUCUCUCUCCCUCUCUCUCCUCCUCCUAUUCCUCUUCUUUUCUCUCCAGCCUCGCCGCUUCGCAACCCUUCUCACCACCACCAACCAUCCUUCUUCUUCCUCCGAAGAUCUCAAAAUCCGACCUGGCUACACCUCCUACGACUCCUACAUCCAACGCCAACUCAACAAAACCCUCAACCCAAAACUAAGGAAAAUAUGGACUACCCGUGACUGGGACCGUAAAAUCCAAGUCUUCUCCAGAUUUUUUCAGGAACUGAAGCUUCAAAACCUGCUCACCAACUCCUCAAAAUCUCUCUGCAUCGGUGCCCGCGUCGGCCAAGAGGUGGAGGCUCUCAAACGCGUCGGCGUGUCCGACUCCAUCGGCAUCGACCUCGUUCCUUGCCCACCUCUCGUCUUAAAAGGUGACUUCCAUAACCAACCUUUCGAUAACGAGACUUUCGAUUUCGAGUUCUCCAACGUGUUCGACCACGCGCUCUAUCCGGAGAAGUUCGUUGCCGAAAUCGAGCGAACCCUGAAGCCCGACGGGGUCUGCGUUUUACACUUGGCGUUUUCGAAACGGACGGACAAGUACUCGGCCAACGAUUUGUACAGCGUUAAACCGUUGGUUAAGUUGUUCCAGAGAUCCCAGCUGGUUCGUGUCCGCAAAGUUGACGGGUUCGGAUUGGACACCGAAGUUGUUUUUCGCAAGAAGAAUAUGAUCCAACGGUCCUGAUUUUUUUGUUCUCCCUAUCAUUGACGUUUAUCACGUUUAUAAUACAUAAAUUUGCUGCUUAAUUUUUGGAUUAUUAUUAUUGGCAGCCGUCCAUCGAUCAUGUCAAUUGGGCUCUGCAUGUAAUUGGUUUCUUUGAAAAUUUUUUGAUAGCCGAAGAAGUUCAUCCAAUGAGAUUAAUUCAUCUUCUUCUUUUAU